AAAUAUUAGUUUCUUAAUUUUUUUUAAGCGCUUGAAGAUGAAGGGGUAAAAUACUGUUUAGAUUUGAAGUUCUAAUACUGUGUUCCUCAAACAAUUCCCUGUGCUUUUCCGAAAGAUACUGAGAUGGUUUUAUCGCCUAUCGCUACUUUACUUUUAUCACGUGCAUAUCAUUGAUUUGGACUUUACUUCUGAAGCAACUGGAAUUGUUUAGAAUUAGGAAAUGAAGUCGUUAAAUGAAGAAUGAAGAAUUUAACAGCGAAAUUUCCUAGCAGGAGCGUCACACUGUGUUUUUAAUAUAAAUAAACAGCGAAGGAAAAUCGUCUGAACUUGAAAAGCAAAAAUUAGACAACAAUGCAAAUUCUGAAGAUGAAGGUCAUCAUCAUGAAGGUUUUCCCAUAUCCGACUUCGUCAUUUUAUGCGGAUUCAUAGCACUAUUUAUAAUUGAAGAGCUUUUUCAAUUCCUAUCAUACAAAUGUCAAAAGAGAGCCAUAGAAAGAUCUCGAAAAAUUCCCUUCUGCAGUUGUGCGAAACGCCAUACUGAAUGUAGCAGAACAUUCAAAGCAGCUAAUCCAGCAGAACAGACACUUUUCGGAUUAGAGAAACAAACCACUGAAUUAGAGAAGGAGUCUCCCUAUCAUACCUGCUUGUCUCCCAAUAGAAACAACGAUGCAGCUGAUGCGGGACGUAGACUAAUUCAGUCGUCAAUUAUUUCCCAAGUGGUACCUAACUACGGAGCAAUGGCAACCAUUACAGAACUAAAUGCUAAUCAACCUAUACCCAUUUUGGCUCCACCGAUAAUAAUUGGUGAGGAAGGAAAUGUGAUUUCCCAACUGCCUAAAGAUUACAGGCCCUAUACAACUUUCUUCUUGCUUGCAAUAGUGUUAGGCAUUCAUAACUUUUUUCAGGGUUUAGCACUCGGACAUACGGUAGAUUGUUUCACUUGGAAUCAUCUGAUCCAAUGUACAAUGCUAAUCAUAUUAUCAUUCGCAGUAGGGAGUGUCAUUUCGCAAGAUGGAGAUACUUCUUUACCAGUCAUAUGCUACAUAGGGUUGUUAUCGAUCAUGUGUCCAUUAGGAAUAUCAAUGACGAUGAUUUUCAACAAUACAUUGGGAAAAAUCUCGCACUUAACGAAGGCAAUCAUUGCUGCAACUUCGUGUGGUGGCUUAUUGUAUUUAACUUUCUUUGACUUAUUACGGGGUCUUCCGCAAAACAACUCAUCUAGCCCGGCUAAAUUUGCUUGUUUUACACUUGGGGCUGCAUUCAUUGGGGUUCUGCAAUACCUCGCUGUUAUAACUUGAUCAAAGAAAUACUCUGAAACUAAACGGUUAUGAGUAUUCUUCAAUCUUUAGAUUUAUGCAAGUAAGUGGUGAUUUUAAAGAAUCCAGUGAGGCAAAAACCAAAGGGAAGCAAGUAGUAAGUGAUAAUGGAACAGCAUUUAUUCUAAACAUUCAUUUUGACGGGAUUGAAUUUGUCAGAGUAGAGAUAAGUUAGUCAAUCUUUUAUGCAAUAAAGUUAUUAAAAUAAAUUUUUAAUACAUUAUAACUAGGAAUUCUUAAAUCAACUUCAGUAAAAUUGCAAAGCCAAAGCAGAUUUUGAAUUGCUUAAGAACUAAAGCAUGUUAGUUUAAAUUUCCAUUUUCUAACGCAACUCAUUUAUAUAAUUACAGCCUAAAGUUUCAUUCAUAAAACAAAAACUUCAAGUAAACUUUUUGGAAUAUUUAUCCAUAAAUUAAUAGUUUCUUUCUCACAAAUAUAACAACAAAUUGAAAUAAUAUUCAAGCGCUAUUAAAUUACUUUCUUUAAAACUGCAGCUAUAAAAAUAUUUUUUUUAAAAAAAAGAAAGAAGGAAAGAAACACAGUCUACUUAAUUCUAAAAAAUUAGGAUGAAGGAAAUACUUACAUAUUGAUUUGAUGAGUUAAACAUGCAAAUAAAAAAUGCCCCUUAGUAAUUUGCGCCAUAUUGGAUAAUUCUUUUUCUAAAUAAUAGUUCAUUUUAAUGAUGCACUGCAAGGUAAAAAGUAAUUGCUAUAGGUACGAUGCAGCCGGAAUAAAAAGAAAUUAAAAAUAUUUAACCAUAAAUAUUUAAAUCUUCGCUUUAAAUAAUAGUAAUAUAAUACAACAAGACGAUCAUCCACAUUUAAAACUAUCUGUAGCUUACUGUUUUUUGCUUAACUGGACUAGCGUUUGAAAAAUAAUUAAGAAUUCUACAUUUUACCCUUUUCUAUUCAAUAUUUUCAAUUUUAAAGUGGCAAACACACAGAUUUAAUACUUUUGGAUUGAUGUUUAAAAUGUUGCACGUGUGUCCUAAGACUUCUUAGUAAGAACCCAUAUAAAGAGUUGAGGCAAUCUAGUGAUAAGGUAUGUUUUAAAAUAGUUCAGGAUAGCAUCUUUGGUGUGACAUCCCAACUUUCUUGUGAGGAAUAAGAUGUUGUUCUGUAUCGUUCAGAUAUCUAAUAGAAAUUAACCAAAUGUGUUAAGUAUCUAAUUGGAAACAAUACUAAGGAAGAGUUUGACAGAAAAUGUCAAAAUGUGGCUUAUCACUUUAUCGCUCCAAGCUCUUCAUAUAUAACUGCACAAAAUUUAUCUAUAUUAACUUCUGCUGAAUAAAGGCACAUUUUUGAUUUGCUUCAAAAAUAAUAUCAAACGAUAUGAAUAUGAUCAUUCAAAAUCAAAAUACAAUUUGUAUAAAUAAAUUUAUUUACAAUAUUCAUGUGAUUUUUCAAUCAACAUAGCUAUAGUUCACUUUUAUAUACAGUUAUAUAAAUAUUUAUUUUCACUUAAAUGCAGCUUUUUUUUUUCGAUAACAUUCUUUAAAGGUUAAGUCAAUAAAAACAGAAAGCACUUUUUCAUUUAAAUAGAAAACGGCACUGUUGUGAAACAUAUUUAAAUAAAUCAAAAGUAGCAACUGUCAAAUUUAGAACAACAAUAAUUCUAAAUAUGUCCGGUAGAAAAAUGUCAAGGUUUAACAGAUAAAACAAUUAAAUUAAGAUUUAUGAAAAAAUUAAAACUAUAGAGUUUAAGACACGAAUAUUGAUAAAAACAUGAUAAUCUCAAAGUAGCUUACUUUCACUCUAAUUUCAAUGAUUACUGACUGCUUGAAGAAAAACACUAUUAACAUCUACCAUUCUUUAUUUAACUUGCAUGCAAACUAAAGCACAUCACUUCAUGCUAUUUAAAUAUAAAGAUGAAUUAUUAUAUAAAGGGUUAUUUUAUUUAUAA